AUGGAAGAUUGGGAAGAUGAGAAAAUUCCACCUGUCAUUGCGAAAGAGCUGACUAAAAGUAAAUGGGACGAUGAAGAUGUGGAUGAAGAUGAUGUGAAAGAAUCAUGGGAGGAUGACGAUGAACCAGCUCCGUUUCAACCAAAGUUGUCUAAAAUGUUGAAUGUUAUGAUAGGGUGGAACUUGGGUUGGGAUGGGGGUGGGGAACCUGUGGUGAAACCUCCUCCUGAAAAAGCGCCUAAGAAACCUGCUGCAAAGUCUACUGAAAAAAAGGGGAAAACUGUUGAAGUUGUAAAGGAAGAACCACUAGAUCCACAAGCUGAAAAACUUCGCCAGCAAAGGCUGGUGGAAGAAGCUGAUUUCAGAUCCACAACAGAAUUGUUUGCUAAGAAAGGUGAUGAAAAAUCUCUUGAUAGUUUUGUUCCAAAAUCUGAGAGUGACUUCUUGGAAUAUGCAGAACUCAUUUCUCAUAAGCUUCGUCCAUUUCAGGCUGUAAUGAGACUGUCCAUGACUGACAUGAAAGCUGCAGAUGCAAAAGAAGUUUCAACUUCUGUGAGUGCAAUUGCAAAUGAAAAGAUAAAAGCUGAGAAAGAAGCCAAUGCUGGCAAAAAGAAAGGUGGGAAGAAAAAGCAGCUUCAUGUUGAUAAGCCCGAUGAUGAUUUGGUGGGUAAUCCCUACGAUGCUUUGGAUGACUAUGAUGACUUCAUGUAA